UUGGCGCUAGCGCAGCUGCGCAUCUCGCAGUAUCAUAACGCACCAACAGCAGAGGAAAAGAGAAAGGAGAUUUAUUCCGACUAUUAAACAGCGUUGCGCCACUGCCGUAGGGAUUACAGCAUGCGCGAAAGGACGGCAUUUGUGUUGCUCGUAGCUGCGACUCUGUCGCUUGCUGUCGAGGUGCCAUCAGAUGACUCAGUGGGACUGCUAGCUGAGCCUCAAGUGGCCAUGUUCUGUGGGAAACUCAACAUGCAUAUCAGUGUCCAGAAUGGCAAGUGGGAGCCUGAUCCUACUGGCACCAAGAGCUGCAUCGGAACCAAGGAGGGAAUUCUGCAGUACUGCCAGGAGGUGUAUCCUGACCUGCAGAUCACUAAUGUAGUUGAGGCCAACCAGCCAGUCAGCAUCCAAAACUGGUGCAAGAAGGGCAGACGUCAGUGCCGCAACCACGUACACAUUGUCGUGCCCUACCGCUGCCUGGUCGGUGAGUUUGUGAGUGAUGCCCUUUUGGUUCCUGACAAGUGUAAGUUCCUACACCAGGAGCGGAUGGAUAUGUGUGAGAGCCACCUGCAUUGGCACACUGUGGCCAAAGAGUCAUGUGGUGACCGAUCAAUGAAUCUGCAUGACUUUGGGAUGCUACUGCCAUGUGGUAUUGACCGUUUUCGUGGUGUAGAGUUUGUAUGCUGCCCACUGGAGGAGCAGAGAGACUCUGAGACUGAAGAGCAGGAGGAAGUCAACUCAGACGUCUGGUGGGGAGCCGCUGAGAAUGAAUACACUGACAGCCUGCCCAAACAAGCACCUACAGAACGGCAGGAACUGGAGUCUGCUACUGUGGAUGUAGAUGAAGACUUGGGAGAUGAUGUAGAUGAGGCCUGGGAGAACGAUGAGGAUGGUGACGGUGUGGAAGAUGAUGAGGAAGACGAUGAGGAUGAGGACAUUAUGAACGAACGUGAAACCAGUGAGCAGGCUUCAAAUGUUGCAAUGACGACUACCACUACAACGACCACUGAGUCUAUAGAAGAGGUUGUGCGAGCUGUGUGCUGGGCUCCAGCACGGAAAGGCCCGUGUCGUGCCAAGCUGCCCCGGUGGUACUUUGUAGCCGAGACAGGACGCUGUGCUCCUUUCACCUUCGGGGGCUGCGGAGGCAACCGCAAUAACUUUGAGUCAGAGGAGUACUGCAUGGCAGUGUGCAGCAGCAGCGUGUUGCCCACGAUGGCUCCUAGUCCCCCAGACGCUGUGGGCCGCUACCUAGAGGCUCCUGGAGAUAUUAAUGAACACUCCCACUUCCAGAAAGCUAAAGAGCGCCUGGAGGCCAAACACAGAGAGAGGAUGUCCCAGGUGAUGAGAGAGUGGGAAGAGGCAGAGAGGCAGGUGAAGAGUCUUCCCCGUGCUGAUAAGAAGGCGGUCAUUCAGCAUUUCCAGGAGAAGGUUGAGGCAUUAGAACAGGAAGCAGCCAAUGAGAGGCAGCAGCUGGUAGAGACUCACAUUGCUCGGGUAGAAGCUCUGCUUAAUGAUCGCCGACGUAUGGCACUGGACAGUUUCUUAACUGCGCUGCAGGCUGAUGAGCCCCGGCCUCGCCAGGUGUUUGGUUUGUUCAAAAAGUAUGUGCGUGCUGAGCAGAAGGACAGGCAGCACACACUUAAACAUUUUGAGCAUGUUCGCAUGGUGGACCCUAAGAAAGCAGCCCAGAUUCGUCCUCAGGUGCUAGCUCAUCUGCGUGUCAUUGAAGAGCGCCUGAAUGAAAGUGUGGCCUACCUCUACAAGGUCCCACUAUUGGCCAGUGAAAUCCAGGGUCAAGUGGCAUUGCUUCUGGUGCGUGUGCAAGCCGAGGCCGCUCAGCAGCUCUCCUCUGUUCAGUCUGAUAUGAGGGUGAGUUACGGUAAUGAUGCAUUGAUGCCCCCUGACAGUACCCCAUCUGUGGACUCCAUAGUCGUGGAGCAGGACAACCUGGGGUUUAUCCACCCCGAGAGCUUCAACCAAGCCAACACUGAUAACCAUGUUGAACCUGUAGAUGCCCGUCCAGCUCCAGAUAGGGGACUUCCCACACGACCUGUGUCUGGCCUUAAGCCAGACGAGAUGCCAGAGCUGCGUAUGGACACUGAAGAGAGGCACAGCGCUGGAUAUGAAGUACAUCACCAAAGAUUGGUCUUCUUCGCAGACGAUGUAAGCUCUAAUAAGGGAGCCAUAAUAGGCCUAAUGGUAGGAGGAGUCGUCAUCGCUACCAUCAUUGUUAUCACUCUCAUAAUGCUGAGGAAGAAGCAGUACUCCUCCAUCCACCAUGGCGUCAUAGAGGUUGAUGCCGCGGUGACUCCAGAAGAACGCCACCUCACUAAGAUGCAGCAGAAUGGUUAUGAAAACCCGACCUACAAGUUCUUUGAACAAAUGCAGAACUAAGUCUUUAUUCUCACCCCACACCACUUCCCCUCUCACACCUCUCUAUCAGGACAGUGAACAAAUGCUGAUCCUUCAUCUGCUCUUGUGCUGAUCUUAUGAGAUGAGAGUGGCUUUUAUCACCUGACCAUUUCAUCCAAUCACAUGAGUGUUCAUGUUGUUUGCACAGAAAAGCGAUGCAUCGUUUUUCCUCACCCAGCCAUAUGUCUGUCUGUCCGGACGUCCAUACAUGUCAGUCAAGUCCAAGCACUAAGUAUCUACUUGCAUUUUCACCUAGUCAUUUUCCCAGUCCAUCCAUUUCUCCUCUCUGCUUUAGCUUUGUAUGUGCUCCUUAAUUUUUCAUCUUCUAUGACUUCCCACAAUCCUUCUGUCUUUCCUGGAUAUUCGGACAACAGCUAGGCUGGACUCACGUAUAAAAGACUUUGAAUGCAAAGAUGGCCAGAAGCAAGAAAAAUGUACUCAUCUUUUUGAGCUUUCUAUUAUCAGACAUUUCUAGGCCUAGGUCUAGUUUCUUUUGUUGUUGUUUUUUUUUUCAGAGAAAUAUUUAAAAAAUAAUUUUUAAAAAGAUUAUACAUAUAUAAAUAAUGCUUAAGAUGAUAAAUAUUGAAGUUUGUUUUUUUGUGUGUUGUGUUGAAACAAAGCAGAAAAUAGCUGUACCUAUUUAGUGCAUGGCAAUUAUGACAGAGAGAAGGUUUCUGAUCCACAUGCUGGUAUCACCCUCUCUUAAAGUAGAGAUUAUAACAGGAUUGUACAUUUUAGUGUUUUCUUGUGAUCAUUGUAAUUUUACAGAAUAGCAAAUUCCAAAUGUCUUUAAAGCAGUGUUGAUUCAGAUACAUGCUUUAAAUUAACUCAGUGCUUUUCUUUUAGACUGUUGUAUAAAAUUCGUGCACACACACAGCUGCAUGGUGCUGGAGAAGCUGUAAUAACAUAAUACCUAGCCCAUGUGUUUUGUUGGUAUCCUAUGCAUUCGUUGUGGUUUAUUUUUCAGGGGGUCUUUUACUUUGGCCCUGUUUACUUUCUUUCCAUCUCAGGAGUUAAUAAUAGAAGGAAAGAGUGGACUUAUUCUUUUUGUCCAUGUUUUUGGAAUAGAAAUAUAUUUUCCAUUUACAUUGCAUUGUAUCAGUGACAUUCACAAACAACAAGUAGGAUUGAACCGUUGCUGCUUUUCACAUCUUUCCUGUUUAUCGUCCGCUCACUUUAUCUCUCAGAGGGCCAAAUGGGCAUGUGCUAUUAUAAGAAAGCAUCAGAACUAAAAGGAAGGCCAUAGAAAGGUGGCAUAGAUGAACACCUGAUUUACUACUUAAAUCUCUCAAACCAUUGCCUUACAGGCAUUUCUAGUCUGGAAGUGAUUUCAUCAAAGCGCUACAUUUCAGACUUGUUAAGAUAGACAUGACACUCACUUCCUCCUGUUAUAGAAUAAUGCUGUUAAAUCAGGUGUUCUUUUUAUGCAAAGAUACUCAGAGAUGAAUGUCUUGUGGCAGUGAAGAAAGGCAAGACUCCAUUUUUGUCAAUCUCUCCUUCUUUCCAUGCCUUUUUUUUCCCCUGUAUGCAUCUAUCAAAAUCAUCAGCUAAAACUGGGAAAACAAUGCUUUCUACACUGUAUCCCAUGAAUAAAACGUUUUGAAUGUACAUAGAA